AUGGCGCGCACGAAGCAGACCGCCCGUAAGUCCACUGGUGGCAAGGCACCCCGCAAGCAGCUGGCCUCCAAGGCAGCCCGCAAGAGCGCCCCGUCGACCGGUGGUGUCAAGAAGCCUCACCGCUACAAGCCCGGUACCGUCGCUCUUCGCGAGAUCCGUCGCUACCAGAAGUCGACCGAGCUUCUGAUCCGCAAGCUGCCGUUCCAGCGUCUGGUUCGUGAGAUUGCUCAGGACUUCAAGUCUGAUCUUCGCUUCCAGUCGUCGGCCAUCGGCGCUCUGCAGGAGUCGGUCGAGUCCUACCUCGUCUCCCUGUUUGAGGACACCAACCUUUGCGCCAUCCACGCCAAGCGUGUCACGAUCCAGUCUAAGGACAUCCAGCUUGCCCGCCGUCUUCGCGGUGAGCGCAACUAA